AUGAACAACAAUAUCAACAAGAAGAAGAUGAUGAUGCUAGCGACCUCAGACCUAUACACGGUCACAGAUGAAUCAUUACAAGGAACUAUAGAGGAUGAUGAUAAUAAUGAGGAAGACGAUUCACCAAUGUGGGGAUAUGAGAACUCUAGUAUACCUCCACCAAUGAAGACACGUACUGCUGCUGAAGCAAGGAAGAGGGGUUUCGGGUCACGAUAUGGUGAUAAUACAUGUCUUUUGAGAGGUGCAUUCGAUUAUGAUGAUGACGACGAGAAGGAAGAGUAUGGUCUUUAUCUGUACAGUAGUAUCAAGAAUGAUGAUGAUGAUGAUGGUCUUGAUGAAUCAUCUGAUAAAGAUGAUUAUAAGAUGAGAUUAGUAAAUGAUAUAGACUAUACUUACGCCAUAUCAUCAUCAAAAGGAGAAGGAAACCAUUCACAGUGA